AUAUGGCUUAGAGGAAAGUAAAAGUUGGGAGUACGUCGGAGAGAUGAGGUGGGUAUUUAUUCAAACUUUCUAUUUUCUGCAUCCAUCUUGGGAUUUCUCCAAAGGCAUUAAUAUAACAUUGCUGCUGGCGCUCUUAAUUUACUCUCCUCUUUCUCUCCUCUCUUCAACCAUUCCUAGCUAUUAGCUCCUCUCUAUUCAAUUCAAUUCAAUUCAUAUCUCUACUUUCUCUCUCUCUCUCUCCCUCCACCUCUCUCUCCCCCUAAUUUAAUUAAGCUUUAAAGCUAUCCCAUCUAUCUCCCCCUCUUAUAUAUAAUGGCAUUUUUACAUCCUCAAACCAACCAACAUCAACAACAACAACUUACACCACUCCAUCUCCUCCCUUCUCCUCCUCCUUGCUCCGGCGGUGCCCUCCCCGGAAGCCACCUCAUCACCCUCGAUCUCUUUCACGCCUCUCCCUCCACUUCUAAUUUUCAUUUACAAUUACUACAAAAUUAUUACUCCCCUCUUUCUUUUACUUUUGAUCGCAACUCUCUCAAGGUAGGUGAGAGUUUGGAAAGCAGCACAAAAGGCCAAGACUCAGAAGACUCAGAAGAAAACGCAAAGAUGAGCCGAAGAAACGGACCCAGACUCGACUUGAAGCUCCACCUGUCACCGCCGCGGCGCAACCCACACGUGGCAACCCCGAGCCGUUCCGCCACCGUGUCGCCCACAUCCCCACCGAGUUCAUGCGUGUCAUCCGAUGAAGACGGGAAAUACUUAAGCAGCCCCGAGGCAACAUCGAUGGUGCUCGUAGGCUGUCCGAGGUGCCUCAUGUACGUCAUGCUGUCCGAAGAAGACCCCAAGUGCCCCAAAUGCAAAAGCACCGUCUUGCUCGACGUCCUCCAAGACCACAAUCCCGCCGCCGCGACCACCGCCGCCGCCGCCGCCGCCGCCAAGAAAUAGGAGAAUUAAGAAGUAGGGAUCGAACGAGGAGCUGCUCGUUCGUUAAUUAGCUUAAAUGAAUUGGUUUUACUAAGUAAUUUGUUAGGACUUAAUUUUAAUUAAUGGUGGUAGAGUACUAUUAUCACUCCAUUUUACAACAUUUUGUGUGCCACCAAAUCUGAAAAACUGGAGUGCAUAUAGUGCUUAAUAUAUCUCUUAGUUCUUUUAUCUCUUUUUUUUUUUUCUCUCUUUAUUAUGUAAUAGCUUGAUAGCAUCUGCGUUAUAAAGUGGUUAGGUAAUUUUGGCUGUGUCA